CCUCAACCAUAUCAUGACUACCAUGUUGAGCGGAGGACUUUUGACUUUCCUAGCACCAUGAUCUACCUUAUCUAUCUUCACACGAUAAAAACCAUAUAAUGUCAUUUGUGUUGUGAACCACAAACAGAGUCUGUCAGUAUCCAAGGAGAACGAGUGAAGAAAACAUUCCCCUAGGAGCUUCUGUACCAUAAAAGAUAAACAGCAACAAGUCUAUUUAGACGUACUACUACAGCAUCGAAAAUUGUUCUUGUUCUCGUUGGUAAGCACAACAAGUAGUAAGUACUGCAACAAGAAUAUCGUAAAAACUACAUCAAGUACAACAUCAACACCAUCUACUGACAUCAUCAAAAUGGCUUCGUCCCAGGGUGUUGCGUUGAUGAAAGCAGUUGCUAUCCGCAAGUUGGGUGGCGCUGAGGUUUUGGAGGAUUUGAGCCUACCACGGCCCACUCUGGGAGACAGGGAUGUCCUAGUGCAAAUCAAAGCAUUCGCUAUGAACCCAGUGGAUUGGAAACUCAGAUGCUCGAAUUUAGGUAAGAAGUACAAAAAACUUAUACAACUGCCUCUGGGUGGAGUAGCAGGACGAGAUGUUGGAUUGUCUUCUGAUUCCUCUACUACUUCCACCUCCACAAAUUCGUCUUCGUUUAAGAUUAAGAGUUCUAGUGCAGGGGUUAGUCAACUUAACGACUUAUAAUCUUGUCCUCUCAUCCUUAUUAUAUGAAGAGAAGCAUCUUCCACUUCGACAUAAUCACGCGAUCUCGAGUCUUCCCCUCCAUAUCUGAUCUAUCUUCAAUCUGCUUCUACAUUCCGAUUCAAUCGAUCUCGAGUCUUCCCCUUCAUAGCACAUCGGUCUCGUGUCUUCACCUCAAUCCUCCAGGAAUGCCGUUUCCCGAAAAUACGACGAAAAUCCUGGGUUACGACGGUGCUGGUGUGAUCGUCGACGUAGGGAGUGCCUGUUCUUGUGGUUUUGUUAUGAUCAAUGUAGUUGUGGUUCACCAGAGUUCUAAUUAUAGCAGUAAAUAAGUAGAAGAGCUCACCCGUCCUCCUCGUGAAGAGGACCACUCUUGUGACAUAUAAUCGAAGUCAUUGAAGACAAUCACAAACUAUAGUCCAUUAAAGUAACUAUAGUACAUGAUUAAAGUUCAAAAAUAGUAUUCUACUUGACACGGUAAUAUUUGUCACUAUGUUCUUUGUUUUGAGUUGCAGUUUUCAACGUUACCUCAAGUAGUGCAAACCGUUGCCAUGGAUGCACUUUUCCUUCAGCAUCUUCACCUCUACUCCGAUCGAGCAGCAUUCCCCAUCUUCUAACCUCCCUCUCGGCGACGAAGUCUAUUUCAGUGGAAGCUGUAUUCGUGAUGGGACCAACGCUGAGUUCACUGCAGUGGAUGAGCGUUUAAUUGCGAAGAAACCGUCAACUUUAAGGCUACUUAACCUGUGCGUAAUCCAUCUUACUUCGUUCUAGAACAUUGAUUCUCUCGGAACUGUACGCUAAGGGGGAGGAGAGCGAAACAGCUCCAAGAUGAAUCCGAAGAAGUACUACUUUGGUGAGCUCUAACAACUCUGUCCUUCCAAGAAGCCGCGGCUUUCCCUUUGGUGGCAAUAACGGGGUACGAAAAUUUGGUAGAAACAAUGCGACUGAACGAACGACAAAAAGCGGAAAGAUAUGGCAGUUGUUGAUGAUAUAAUUGCAAGAAACUGAUUGACUAUGAAUCAUGCUGCUGGAGCUGGUGCUUCUCGCUGUCAAGUAGAUGGAAGAAGAAGAACAAAGGGUGUUGAAUAUGUUCUUGGUCUUGAUAGAUAGAACGAACACUCGACAACUCAAGUAUACAACUCAUCUUAAACUUAGCAACCUCCCUCCACCAUCUUCGUGCUUCCCUCCCUCCUACUUUCAUCCCCUCUCUUCCAUCCUGAUUCUUGGUGGUGCUGGAGGCUGCGGUAGCUUCGGGAUCCAGCUGUGCAAAGCUUUGGGCGUAAAACAGGUCAUCGCCACAGCCAGCAGGCCUGAGAGUACAGAAUGGUGCAAGAAACUUGGAGCUGACACUGUCAUCACUCAUGGGACCUCCAAAACGCUACAGCAGGAGCUUGAGGCAGCAGGAAUAGGCAAAGUAGACGGAGUCUACGUCUGUCAUGAUGACGAGAGGUACUUAAAUAGAUUUGUACUGUGUAGUUGACGUAUUUGUUUAUUGUGAUGAAGCUGAAGCAAGAUGUUAAUAAUAUUAAAUAAUGUUUCUGUGAAGUAGUUUCUUCAUAGUUGCCAUUGUUCCUCUGCAUUUUUGUAGUACAUGACCACGGGUACUACACCAGGUACGCUUCCGAAGUGGUCGAUAUUGUGAAGCCGAUGGGCGUCAUUGCACCGGUUGUCACCUUUUUCCCGUCGAAGGAUGACGUGAUGAAGAUGUAUUUGAACCGAGUCACGUUGUCUUUUGGUAUGAUGUUCUGUUAUGGUUUGGGAGAUGGGGAUGCCCGUAAGUAGGUACUUAAGUAGCACAUUAAGUAGGAGUUUAUUUGGACGACGUGCUAUUAAAGUUUAUUUGAGAUAGUUAUAACUACUACACAAUCCGCCCGGGAAUCUGUAUCUUUCUAGUACUAUGUGUUCAGCCGUAGCAUUGUCGAGACAUAAAAUCAAUCAUACAACUAUCGGUAAGCUGCGUGUUUAUGAACACUAGGACUGCACGAUAGUAGAAGUGGAGGCGGGUGUAAGUACGUUGUCGUCAGCAUCUUCUAACUGUUCCGUUCGAUCCACAAUCUUGAGCCGGAGAAGCAGGGUGCUUUAUUACGUGAAGUGGCGCAGCUUAUUGACGCCGGAAAAAUCUCACCUGUGGCCACGCACACCUUCAACGGCUUGUCAGCCAACACAGUGCGCGAAGCGCACACACUCCAAGAAACACAGAAAUGUCGUGGGAAAAUCGUGGUAACUGUGUAGGAGCUGAAGUUCUGCUUUCUAGGUGUUUUAUUUUGACGACGCUAGCGAGGUAAAUAACGACGAACAAUCUGGAAAAGAUACCGCCGGCCAGGACAUAUACUUGAAUUGGAAAAUAUGAUCAUGACGAUGAAACAGGUGAUGAAAAAGGAUAACUACAAGUUCAUCUGAGUAAGUAUGUAUGUGUUUAUUUGAUAAUAAUAAAGUUUAAGGCUCUUGCAAAAAGAGUCGCAAUAAUGCGAGUACAUGAAAGUAGAUCCAAAAACAACAAAAACAAACAGAAAAAAACUACUCUGAACACUAGAAGCGUAACCCCCCUUGUAACCAAACCUUUUCCCCUCUCCCCUUCAUGUUGAACUUCAUGGGUAGAUUAUUUUUUUUAUGGUAUUUGAAAUCUUCUUCAUUGAGAAGACGCAUUACCAACACACUGUGAGGACUUGUGUAAAAUUAUAGACACGACUGGCUAUUCAUAAACCAAAGGUGUAGAUCCAAUCAAGGAGUAAGGUUCAAGUGGUUCAAAAGCACUCAAGUCAUCUCACGACUACUUUUCAUUAUAAAUGACGCAGAAUUUCUUUUUACUUUUUUUAGUUCGAUUGGCUCCACCCAUAUUAUAAAUGACACAGAACAUCACAAAGGCAAGAAACAUUCAUAAUGAUUUGCAGUCCAAGGAUUUGCAGAGCUUUUAAAAAACUCCCGAAUUUAGUGCUUACUACAAAGACAUGGGGCCAGAUACAAGGUAGGUCAGUUAACUGGUUGUAGCUGCCGGCAGGAAUUGACACUCCUCACGCAGACUACAGUUACCUACUAAAAGACAACAUGAUUGCUAGCACCACUACAAGCAAAAUGUCACAAGUAGCGAAAGGUACGAAAAAAACUACUACCCAAGAGAAAGACACAAUGAAUCACGAUGCAACCUUUGGCUUUGUGUUCUAGUUUGUUGAGCCGAAGGUUGACACGGGCGUUGUGUAGAAGUGACUAGUCAGCGACAUACGAAGUUUUUUCCGCACUGUAGGGCCAUCUCUGUGGUUCUCUGGCGUUGGAUGCGAUUGGCUUUAGAUCCUGGCAUGGUGAACCGGUACCCUAGGCCGUGCCAGGAACGGUG